GGCAUUGUUUGUGGCGGUGCCGGCAGCGCGGCGGCCGCUCCCGGAGCAGUCACGGCGCAUGAUUGGCAGCCGGGAUCGGGAUCGGGAUUGGGAUCGGGAUCGGGAUCAGGGCAUGGCACACGGAGCCUCCCGUCCGCCCCAGCCCCGAUCCCAUUGGAAUCCCGACGCUUCCGCUCGUCCCCUUGCCCCUGGGCUCCCUGAUCCUCUUGGAGAGCCGAGGAGGAGGCAGCGCAGGGGAGCCCGGCCCUGAUGGACAGGAUGACGGAGGACGCUCUGCGCCUCAACCUGCUCAAGCGCAGCCUGGAGCCUGCGGACGAGCGCGACGAUGCCCUGGCCAAGCGGCUCAAGAUGGAAGGACACGAGGCCAUGGAGCGGCUCAAGAUGCUGGCCCUGCUCAAGAGGAAGGACCUGACCGGGAUCGAUGGAGCCCACGAGAUCCCGGGAAAGCCGGAGCUCGGGAAGGGCUACGAGGAGAAGCUCAACGGGAGCCUCCGGCCCCACAGCGAGGGCAGGACCGGGGGGAGGCCGGGCAAGGAGAACAUCCAUGAGGAGCCUGUGGAUAUGAGUGCCAGGAGGAGUGAGCAGGACAGGGGCCGGUUGACCCCAUCCCCAGACAUCAUCAUCCUCUCUGACAACGAAGCCUCCAGCCCCCGUUCCAGCUCCCGCAUGGAAGAGCGGCUCAAGGCUGCCAACCUGGAGAUGUUCAAGGGAAAGAGCCUGGAGGAGCGGCAGCAGCUCAUCAAGCAGCUCCGGGAUGAGCUGCGGCUGGAGGAGGCCAGGCUGGUGCUGCUCAAGAAGCUGAGGCAAAGCCAGCUGCAGAAGGAGAACGUGGUGCAGAAGGCUCCCGUGGUCCAGAACGCAGCCUCCAUCGUGCAGCCUUCUCCUGCCCAUGGGGGUCAGCAGGGGCUGUCCAAGCUGCCCUCCAGGCCUGGAGCUCCAGGGGUUGAGCCUCAGAACCUAAGGACAUUACAGGGUCACAGUGUCAUCCGCUCGGCCAGCACCACCACCCUGCCCCACAUGCUCAUGUCCCAGCGUGUGAUGGCUCCGAACCCAGCCCAGCUCCAGGGCCAGAGGGGAGCUCCCAAAGGAGGCCUCAUCCGGAGCACCACUCCCAGCAUGAAUCCGGCCAUCACCUACCAGCCGCAAUCCAGCUCGUCCGUCCCCUGCCAACGCUCCUCCUCCUCCGCCAUCUACAUGAACCUGGCUCCUCACAUCCAGCCUGGCUCUGUUCCUCGUGGCUCCUCUCCCCUCCCCAGCCCUGGCUCCUUAUCCGACGCUGCCAAUUCCCAAGCUGCGGCUAAGCUGGCGCUGAGGAAGCAGCUGGAGAAGACCCUGCUGGAGAUCCCCCCCCCCAAGCCCCCAGCCCCACUGCUGCACUUCCUGCCCAGCGCUGCCAACAGCGAGUUCAUCUACAUGGUGGGGCUGGAGGAGGUUGUGCAGAGCGUCAUCGACAGCCAAGGGAAGAGCUGCCCCUCUCUGCUGCGCGUGGAGCCCUUCGUGUGCGCCCAGUGCCGCACAGACUUCACCCCACACUGGAAGCAGGAGAAGAACGGGAAGAUCCUAUGUGAGCAGUGCAUGACCUCCAACCAGAAGAAGGCCCUAAAGGCCGAGCACACCAACCGCCUCAAGAACGCCUUCGUCAAGGCCCUGCAGCAGGAGCAGGAGAUCGAGCAGAGGCUGCAGCAGCAGGCAGCUCUGUCUCCCACUGCAGCACCAGCCGGCACCAGUGCCAGCAAACAGGAGAGCAUCCUGAGGCACCACACGCUCCGGCAGGCUCCGCAGCCCCAGAGCUCCCUGCAACGCGGAAUUCCCACCUCUGCCCGCUCCAUGCUCUCCAACUUCGCGCAGGCUCCGCAGCUCUCGGUGGCCGGAGGCCUCCUGGGCAUGCCCGGUGUCAACAUCGCCUACCUGAACGCCGGCAUCGGGGGCCACAAAGCAUCCAGCCUGGCUGACCGGCAGCGGGAAUACCUCUUGGAUAUGAUCCCACCUCGCUCCAUAUCCCAGUCCAUCAGUGGACAGAAAUAGCCCCUGCUGAGCAGAGCAUCCCCCUCCAGCCCCGAUCCCAUCGCAUGCAGUGCCUGUGCUGGUGCCUACCGACCCCGGGGGGAAGCAGAGCCAGGACCCCACAGCAAGAGGAUCCCAUCCCAUCCCAUCCCAUCCCGGUUUCCAGCCCGUUUCCAGCUCGGGAAGGGAGAGGCUGCUUCCUUGGCCCCAGGGCUGCUUGAGGCCAGCGCUCGCCCCAUUGAUGCUGGGUUUUGGGAUGGCAGAUCCCACAAUCUGGAAUUGUAUCCUGGGAUUCUUUUGGGGUUGAUUUUUCCCGAGUUUUUUGGUUUGGUUUUCCCGGAUUUUUGGUCUUUUUUUUUGCUUAUUUUUGGGAUCUCUUCCCCCCCCCCCCCAUUUUCCUUCCUUUUUUGGUUGCUCCGGUUCAACUUGUGCCACAGACUCGGUGCUGACUCACGGUGGGGGGGGCACGGGGGCCACCAGCACCCAUGGGUGCUCACUGCACCCUUGCCUUGCUGAGAAGAAAGGCAGGAGCCUCCCAUGCCAUGGAGGGGGGAGCCCAAUGGGACCCAUGGAUGGUGCCGGUGAGCCCCAUUGGCCAAGCCAAGGAGCCCCUUUGGGGUGUGGAGGGUGCUGAGGCCACCCCAGAGCAGACUUGGGCACGGUGAGUCCCCGUCCUCGGCCCUGCCGCGCUCCUGCAUGUCCGGAUGAUGGGAAUGGCAUCGGGGCCAUGGGAUUGGUACCCAUGGGAUGUGUGUGGUACCCAUGGGAUGCGCUGGUACCCAGGUGAUGGGAAUGGUACCUAUGGGAUGCGUGUGGUACCCAUGGG